GUUCACAGUAUUCAAUACGUGCAUGUGAAUUGUACCUCAGGCCUCGAGGCUCAGUGACUUCAACUGGCGAUUCGUUGCCAGUUCACCCACAGGAUUUGACUGCGGAGAUCGAGACCAUGGUAAUUGGCUGUAUGGUGGGGCAGUGUCCGUGACGUGAUAUGGUUUGAAAUCGUAUCCUGAAGCCUGGUUGGCAAUCCCCAUAUAGUCUCUUCCCUACACCACCACCUUCAUUGAAUUCUCGCCGUGCUUCUGGAAAUCAUGGCAUAUUUUGACACAAACCAUCCAGCUGGAUCAAACUUGCAUUAUACGGAUCCUUUUGGGGACGACUCAGACCGCGGUCGAGAGACUGGAUACAAAACCUUGGACGGUUUAGAUGGAAUAAUACAAGACGACACCACAACUUUCACAACAACUACGAGCGGUAUUCCUGCCCUAGACCCUUUGUCGUCCUUGCGUAGUACUGGUCAGACAGAAGCUCAAUCUCUCAUUCUCAACUAUCGACGUACAAGGUCUCCUCCCCUGCCAGCUACACAAAGCCGGCAAUCUACACCGUCGUUGUUUGAAAGGGAUGCACCAGUUUUCGGCGAUCUAAGUGUUCCAUAUAAGGACGAAGACUCCUCCUCAACACGCCCAUCGUCUGUCGUCGGCAAAGCAGACGACUACCUGGUGCAUAGUGCUGCAGAUAUGGGGCGCUCAGACAGUUAUCAGGACUUGGAAUACGCAGAACCAUUGGAUGAGAACUCAAAGCUUGCCGCAGACCGCGCAUCUCCGUUUCAGAAGGCUCUUGGGAUGAACACGGGGAAGUACCCUAUGGAUCAGCGGAUCGAGGACAAGAAGCGGGGUAUCGGGCGGCAAAAGUAUCCUUUCAUUGUAUGGGCCCUAACAAUUAUCAUGGUUGGCGUUUUCAUCGACGAGUUAGUGGUGAACACCAGAGCGCAGGGUACCCCGAUAUCCUUCAAGCCAGUUGUAAACCCUAUGCUUGGGCCGUCGGAAAGUGCAUUGAUCAAUUUAGGUGCUCGUUUCCCCCCAUGCAUGAAAGUCGUUCAAGGACUCCCUUUAACUACUCAAAUCGCUUGCCUCAAUGAUACCGCAAACCCGCCAGAUCAGCUUUGUUCGCUCGAGGAUAUAUGUGGUUUUGGUGGCUUCCAUGGCGGUGAGCCCAAUCAGUGGUUCAGAUUCAUUACUCCCAUCUUCCUACAUGCGGGAUUCAUCCAUAUCAUCCUGAACAUGCUCGCCCAGUUGACAAUAUCUGCUCAAAUAGAGCGUGAAAUGGGAUCCGCUGGUUUUUUUAUAACUUAUUUCGCGGCCGGGAUCUUUGGCAACGUGUUGGGCGGUAAUUUUUCACUGGUCGGCGCACCUUCAAUAGGUGCCAGUGGUGCCAUCUUUGGUACAGUCGCGGUCACAUGGGUGGAUCUUUUUGCUCAUUGGAAAUAUCAAUACCGACCUGGUAAAAAGCUCGCCAUCAUGACAGUAGAACUGUUGUUCGGUAUCGCUCUUGGGUAUAUACCUUAUGUGGAUAACUUUGCUCACUUGGGAGGCUUAUGUAUGGGUCUUCUCGUUGGCACAACCCUGUACCCCGUAAUCAGUCCAACCAAGCGCCAUAAGCUUAUCAUGUGGGGCUUCCGGCUGACAGCCAUACCACUGGCAGUCGUCCUCUUUGUUGUCCUGAUUCGGAACUUUUAUACUUCAGAUCCAUAUGCAGCGUGCUCGGGCUGCAGGUACCUGUCAUGUAUACCAACUGCAUCCAACAAUCACUGUCAAGGUACAGGCUUUAGCACUAAUACGACCACUGGCGGGUCGAGUAUUUGAAUGUACACCUUCCGAUCUCAUACUAGGACAUUAACUUGGUCCACUGCAUCAGCACUCUAUGUACAUCGAUGGCCAAUGGACAGUAACACUACGCUGAUAAUUUGACCCACUCCCGAAUAAUUAUUAUGUAUUCACAAGUUUGAGUGUGUGGACAUUAAUAACAUCGCAGUACAAUAACAA